GUUGGGUUGCGGGGUUUGGGGUUGGUUGGUGGUGGUUUGGUUUUUGGUUUUUUAUUGUUAUUUUUUGUUGUUGUUUUGGUUUUUUCCUUUUUUUUUUUUUUUUAUUUAUUUUUUUUUACCCUAAGGCAUCGUAAUUUACCGGCAGAAAAACAAAUAAAUGACCCCGUGUACGGUUGUGGGUGCUGAAUCCGUCAAUGUGAUUCCUGAGAAUAUUAAAGUCUAAAUUAAAGCGUGCUGAAAAAGCGUUUGCUCCUGCUGUAAUAGUAAUAGCGAUAAUAAUAAAAUGACAGAAUUGGGAGCGAUUUACAUGUUAUUGAAGAGGAGGAAUUACUGAAGAGUAAUAAUAGAAAAGAAAACAAGUCGGAAGCCCGUUAUAUAAUGCACUGUGUAGACAACGAGAGUGACAGGCUAUUUUUAUUUUGUUUACCGUAUGCUGUGUAAUAGGGACUCCUCCGAACAGCAUCUCUCCCCUAUGAGCCCGAACUCCAGAUAGAAUUGGGGAAAAUUUUUAGGCAUUUCUUUUACGACCAGACGAAGAAAUCUAGGUUUGUAAAACCUUCCUCUUUACAAAUGAUUUUUGUGUACAGAACGGGAAGGGUGUGCAGGUAAAUGACCUUUGCCGGAGACCUUUUCCCUUUCAUAUGGUAAAGAAAUUCAUAUUUUGUAACACAGCUUACACUUUAACCUUUAACGCUCAUGGUUAUGUAUUUUAUGCAGUAAUGGUUACUUUACGCGUCAGAUACAGUCAGGCAUAGUGAGUUACUCUGCUGACACACUGAUAAGUCAAGGACUUUUAAUUUCAGUUUCGAAUGAAACCGUCCCCUAAAGGAAAAUCCCGGCUCAUGUUAAUCUAUUUCUGUUCGGGUGAUAGAGACGGUGCAGUUUUAUCGCAUGGAGCAAGGGUUAUGAAUGGGGGAGAGAGAAAUUGAGAAUGGCCAGGGAAAAUAUUGCGCCGUAAUUAUUUUUGUGAUGCUGCAAGAUAAUAGUAGUAAUUGUACGUUGCUGGACCUAAUUUGUUCGUAAAACUGGCCCGGUAUUUUACGAGUAGCAGCUAUUUUGAAAGGGUGGCUGUAAUCUCCUCACUUUUUACGUAAGGCAGAGGUCGAUAGGUUUUCCUCCGUGCUCGGCUGUCUGUCUGUCUCUCUCAUCAUGUAGCGACAUGUCAGCGGUGCAGGCUUUCAGCGCGCUUACUCCAGCCCUGAUCAGUCAUGUAAUUAGAUCAGGCUGCCAUGGUAACAGACGGGAUUCACCGUAUUCACCGGCCAGCCAGGUGCGUGUGUGGCUGGCGGGCGACCCAGCGGGCUACCGGCAGCCCUGCGUGUGCCGCGUUAGUGGCGUACGGCCGGCGCGGCCACCGCCUCAGGCUUUCCGACAAUUGAAAGAUGCCGGUGCUGGGUUCCUAAUGGCCGAACUUCUCGGGAAGGGUGUUCUUUGCCCACUGGAGUGUCAGGCAAAUGGGACCGUACGUGGCACACUUAGCAGUCACAUUGCAGGCCAAGCCAGAUGGGCAAGCAAUACAAGCUGUGAAUUUAUUCUUGACCCCGUAGGACAGUGACCACCGUCAUUUUUGUCUUCACCAUACAGUUAUGCACUGCCAAUAAGUGAAAAGGUCAAGAAAAGCAGUAGCUCAGUGGCUGAAUUUUUCUGAAGCAGGGAAAGUGGGGAAACCUCUUAAAGUGGUGUCUUAUUCAAUCCUGGAGCACAGGGAAAGAGUUUUAAUGCAAAAUACCAGAAAAAAAAGUCUGCAACAUCUCCCGUGAGAGUGGGGGAAAAAGGAGAUUAACAAUUGCAUCUUGAAACACUCAUGAUUUGAGGCCAUAUGUGUCCUUUGAACUCUGAAGAAGCUGUGCCAAAAGGAAGCCUUCUUCUCCUCCCCUCCUCCCACCGUGGAGCCGCUCUUAGAUAAUUGCAAUUAGCAGACAAUGCGGAGCGAACCCAAACGUGAAGUUCAUGGCUCUACCUUACUUUAUUUGAAAGAGGAAAGCCAGUGAGGACCUGUGAACAAUCCAGCAGCUUCUGAAAAACCUUCAUGCUAAAGGAUAAUCAAGAAUUCCCUGAAGAAGAUCAUAGUGAAUGUUAAUCCAGAGGAGCUGUCGGAGGAUCGUGCUCACAGGGAGAUGAUUCCUCAUGAAGUCACUGGAUCCCCUGCAGAAAUCAAAUGUGACUUUCCGUUUAUCAGACUGAAAUCAGAGCCAGCCAGACAGUGAAGCAAGCACAGUGGAGGGGGGACGGCGAAAGAUGAAAUCCAACCAAGAGCGGAGCAAUGAAUGCCUGCCACCUAAGAAGCGAGAAAUCCCUGCCACCAGCCUGCCUUCGGAGGUGAAGCCGGUCCUGCCAAACGAGAACCACCGUGCAGAUAACCUGGCAUGGCUCCCCAGCACACCCAGUGGCCAGGGCGGCCUGGGGGGCCGGCACCGGCCCGGGGGCACCUCCUCGGUGGAGGCAGGCUUGCAGCAGGGUUUGCACAAGUCACUGUCUGCAGGGCUGGACUAUUCCCCGCCCAGCGCGCCCAGGUCCGUUCCAACCUCUACCACUCUUCCCACGGUGUACUCGCCCGCCCUCUCCCAGUCAGGGACCCCCGUUUCCCCCGUGCAGUACACUCACCUGCAGCACACCUUCCAGUUUGUCGGGCCCCAAUACAGUGGAUCGUACACCGGAUUCAUCCCCUCACAGCUGAUUUCCCCGACAGCCAAUUCUGCGACUGGCGCCGUGGCGGCGGCCACAGCCGUUGCGACCACUCCAUCCCAGCGCUCCCAGCUGGAGGCUUAUUCCACUUUGCUGGCCAGCAUGAGCGGCUUAAGCCAGCAGGGGCACAAAGUUGAGCCGCACCUGGUCAGGACGCCUGGACUGAUUGCUGCUGGGUCUCCUCCACCCACCCAGCAGAACCAGUACGUGCACAUUUCCAGCUCUUCCCAGGGCGCUGUCAGAAAUGUCUCUCCUCCAACCAUCCCGGUCCCCCUGCACCCACAUCAGACAGUGAUCCCGCACACCCUCACCCUCGGCCCUUCCUCCCAAGUGGUGGUGCAGUACACUGACUCGGGGGGCCACUUUGUCACCAGGGAUGCCCCCAAGAAACCCGAGAGCAGCCGGCUGCAGGCAAUGCAGGCCAAGGAGGUACUGAACGGCGAGAUAGAGAAGAGCCGGAGGUACGGCAUUUCGCCUUCUGCCGACAUGGGUCUAGUCAAAGCAGGCAAUAAACCAGCUCCCCAUCAUUACGAGACCAGGCACGUGGUGGUCCACUCGAGCCCCGCCGAGUACGGCGUGCGGGAUUCCUCAGGUGUCCGAGCCUCUGUCAUGGUGGUCCCCAACAGCAGCACGCCCACAGCAGACAUGGAGGUGCAGCAGGCCGCCAACCGUGAGACCUCUCCUUCAGCCCUCAACGACAAGGGAAGUUUGCACUUAGGAAAGCCAACUCACCGGUCCUACGCCUUGUCUCCGCAGCAGGCUCUGGGCCAUGAGGGGGUGAAGGCGGUGGCCACGCUGUCCCCUCACACUGUCAUUCAGACCACCCACAGCGCCUCCGAGCAGCUCCCCGUGGGGCUGCCGGCGACUGCUUUCUACACCGGGACCCAGCCGCCGGUGAUCGGCUACCUGAGCGGGCAGCAGCAAGCCAUCGGCUACCCCAGCAGCCUGCCGCAGCACCUGGUGAUCCCGGGCACCCAGUCCCUGCUGAUCCCGGUCGGCAGCGCGGACGUCGAGCCGUCGGGAGUCGCGCCUGCGAUCGUCACGUCGUCUCCUCAGUUUGCAGCAGUGCCUCACACGUUCGUCACCACCGCCGUCCCCAAGAGCGACAACUUCAGCGCGGAGCCCCUCACCACCCAGCCUGCCUACCAGGCCACCAUGGUGCAGGCGCAGAUCCACCUGCCCGUGGUGCAGUCCAUCGCCUCCCCUGCCGCCGCGCCCCCCACGCUGCCCCCUUACUUCAUGAAGGGGUCGAUCAUCCAGCUGGCCAACGGGGAGCUGAAGAAAGUAGAGGACUUGAAAACAGAAGACUUCAUACAGAGUGCGGAAAUCAGCAACGACCUGAAAAUAGACUCCAGCACUGUGGAGAGGAUCGAAGACAGCCAUAGCCCAGGCAUCGCCGUCAUACAGUUUGCGGUGGGGGAGCAUCGAGCACAGGUCAGCGUGGAAGUCUUGGUAGAAUACCCUUUUUUUGUAUUUGGACAAGGCUGGUCAUCCUGCUGCCCCGAAAGAACCAGCCAGCUCUUUGAUUUGCCAUGCUCCAAACUCUCGGUGGGGGAUGUCUGCAUAUCGCUCACACUCAAGAACCUGAAGAACGGCUCUAUUAAAAAGGGCCAGCCCAUGGACUCAGCUAGUAUCUUGCUGAAGCAUUCAAAGAAUGACAGUCUAGUUGGAAGUAGACACAGGUAUGCGGAGCAGGAAAACGGGAUUAAUCAGGGAAGCGCACAGAUGUUAGCUGAGAACGGUGAACUGAAGUUUCCGGACAAAAUAGGAUUGCCUGCAGCACCUUUGCUCACCAAAACAGAACCCAGCAAGCCCCCAGCAACGAGGAAGAGGAGGUGGUCAGCCCCUGAAACACGAAAACUAGAGAAAUCAGAAGAGGAGCCGCCUUUGACUCUUCCCAAGCCUUCUUUUAUUCCUCAGGAGGUUAAGAUUUGCAUUGAAGGUCGAUCCAACGUAGGAAAGUAAAAGUCGUUUGGGGAAAGGAAAUUAGGCUAUCCCUUGUCAUUUUUAUCCAGAUUACUGUACUGUAGACUAAAUAACCCAGUAUUUACAUGUUAUCAUCUUAUUUUAGGUUUAUGUUAUAACCUUGUUGUUAUAGUUGCAGCUGGUAUUAUGCAGGAGACUGGUGCAUAUGUUUUUCCACAAGUGUUUGUCAGUGACUAGGUUUAUCGAGAGCUACAGAAGGGGCAGUAUCUGCUUCACACACCCUUAGUGGAAAUGAAUGUGUUGUCAUGGCUCCUGUUUUCUAACACCUCGUGUAGGACAGGGUCCAGCUGUGAUUUUGUUUUCUUUUCGUCGCUGUUGUUUUUCUUUUUUUUCCUUUUUUUUUUUUUUUUUUUUUUUGUGUUUGUUUUGUUGUUUUGGUUCCUGUUCUAGUUUUUUUGGGGGGAGGUGAGGAGAAGGGAACUGUAGCAGAGGUGUGUGUCAAACAUGGGGUGCGUGUGUGUGUGUGUGUGUGUGUGGGCGCGUGCCAGCCCCCAGGGCGGGACGGCCGCUCUCUGGCGGGUUGGUGAUGAGGUUUCCUCACCCCAGGUGGAUGCUGAGGACACAACCCUUGGGUGUGUUACUGGAAAGGAUCAGUCUCUGAUGUUUUCAACAACAAGCCAACUCUUACUCAAGGCUCUACUAUCUAUCUAUAUAUAUAUAUAUAUAUAUAUUUGUGUGUGUGUAUAUGUAUAUAUAUAUUUUUCCCCCAUGGGGUCUGACUGCACUGAUUUUUAUUCCUGAAGCAAACUGCCACACCACAUUUCCCUUCUGCUUGCUAGUGCAGUUCCAUUGCCUGGAGUCGGGGCGGCGAGGCUGCAGGGACCGUGGCGUGGUGGCCCUGCAGGGUUUUCCUCGGGGGCGGGGGCGGUGCGUGCGUGUGCGUGGGUGGGUGGGUGUGCGUGGCUGUGCCUCUGGCUCUGCGGAUGCGCCUGGCUCAGGCUCACUCCUGUUUCUGUGCAGUGUUAGACAAAUCGACCGGGUUACGCCAUUGACAUUUGCUUCCACGAGGUAGACGCAGACUGCCCCUUUGAGAUCACAGGCAUCCAUCGUUUGCAGUUAGGUUGCAAAUCUUUGUCUUUAACUCUAGUACUGGUUUUAGUUCAUGGUUAUGGACAACUGGUGCCACUUUUUUCAAAUUGCGGUGUGUGACACAGGAAUCCGCUGUUGAAGAUGAACCUAGAAUGUCUUUAAGCACUUAAAAUGCUGUUCACACUUUAUUGCUGAGCAUCCUGGUCUAACACUCAGUAUGUACUGUAUAUCACUUUAAUCUGCUCGGAAAGCAACAACAACAAACAAAUCUCUUCAACACUGUAACUACAUGCAACUAUGUAAAGUUUUCUCACAGGCAAGAUGCUGAAAGUUUUAAUGUGGUUUCAAAGGGAUGAAUGUGAAUUAUUGAACUAGUAUGUGACAGUCAUUGUCCACAAAGGACUACUUAAUAGGAGGCACUUUUUAAACUUUAAUGCUUGAGAAAGAGUUAGAGGCAUAUGCGAGCUGACAUAAUAAAAAAAAAUAAGAGAAAGAAAAAGGAAAGAGGAAAAAAAAUCAUUGUCCAGUGUUUUUGAAAAAGAUGGACUUUAAAGAAUCUUGCAAUUUGCACAUCUUGAGUUUAUCAUUUGUGUGGUAUUCCUGCAGUUUUUACCUAAUAAUGUUGUGGGGUGGGGGGGGUCUGAGAGAGCAUAAACAAAUGUAGCAAUUACUCACUAACCUGCCUACGCUCUAGGCCAUUUCAUAGGGUUAUGUUCCUUUCAGAGUUCAUUUUCGGUCUUUCUACCGUAUUGGCCACACAGAACCAGGUCCUAUCGGGACACCUCUGAGAAUUUUUCUUCAGACUUGCUGAGAGAGUUUUCCAGGAAAAAAACAAAAACAUUUCUAUAAGUAAGCAAGAUGUUUGUUUGUUUUGAAAACAAACCUAUUGUUAUUUUAUUAUUAUUAAUAUUAUUAUUAUUUGUUAUUUUAAUUGCAUCAUUUUCCAUUGGAAAGGCGACAUUUCAAGAGUUUGGUACAAACCAAGUCGGAGCAGGGGGGGAUUCACGCGUUCAGUCUUUUCUUUCCCCAGGUAGGGCUGGAUCCUCUGAGGUGCUGUGCACCCAGCCUCCUGCACAAGCCUCGGGGAGGUGCGAGUAUGAAGUGUGUCGGGGCUGAGUGCUAGAGCCUGUCGCUGCCUCUUGAAAGAUCCCAGUGGGAUUGCAGUGGGAUCGCGCUCGGGCCCUCCGUGAGCAAGCAUUCGUGUCGUCGGUUUUGGUUGGCGAGUUCACAUCCUUCAGGUAGUUUUGAAGAAGCUGUACUCACAGGGAGAACAGGAAAUCAAAGUAUGUCAUUAGAAACACAGUAACCUAAAGUGAACAAAUUUAUUUAAAGUCUUGUUUUCCCUCCCCCCUGAAAUACAGUGCUUUUCUUUGAGAGAAGAAAUGUUAACCCCAAACCCCAUCUUUGACUCUUUUUACUUGUUACUUGAAAUUUAGCUCACACCAGACCUAAUUGUUUUUAUACCAUAUUCUGGGGUGCACCAAAAAGUUGAAAUACGUUUAAAAUAGCUUGAAACUUUUUUUGAAUUUCCUUGAAUUUUAUUAACCUCUCGGCAGGCUACCAAAUAGCUGAGUGGGUUUCUUCUCACAAUCACACAGCUUAGUUAGUGCUUAUUUGUUAAUAUUUCUGCUCAGAGAAGUUGCUUAAUCUUCCAUAUACUCUGCUCAGGGCACUUGCAAUUUAUUGUUUUGUUUUGUUUCCUGUUUUUUUUUUUGUUUUUUUUUUAAGCUUUGAUGGUAAAGGAAUAGAAAGAAUUACAGAUUUUAGUUCACAGUCGUACCACUAUUUCUGUACUUCACGUGUACUUGGAAAAAAAGAAAUCUCAAGUAAAACAAUACACAUACACAUUUGUGGUUAAUAAGGAAGCAGGGGCUGUUAAACUGACUGGAUCUAUUCAACUAACACUAAAAAAAUAAAAAAAUAAUAAUAAAAAAAUACAUUUGGAGCAAUAGGAAUGUAUUAGUUCUGUGCUUGUAUUUCAGACUGAGGAAUUCUGAAAUAACUGGUUCUUUCCAAACAAUUGUCCCCUUCCAUGCUUUAGCUUUUGUAGGAUGUGCAAUACUUUAUGUGCCAACUUAGACUCACCUGUGUGGUGUUAGCUAGAUCUCAUACCAACUUCUGAUUUCCCCUGGUUUUGUCUCUUGAAUUCUUUCUUUCUAC